AUGGUGAACAAGCCUUUACGUAAGAAGAUUGACCCAACAAAAGUGGACUAUCAUAGCAAGGUUUCAUUCGUUUUAAAGGCAGAGCGAGACUUCAUGAAACAUCGGCCAUAUCGGAGCAAAUACGGUGACAUACGUCACCCAGGGAACCGUGGCUGCUACCAGUGCUUUCGUGUUCUAGGCGCAAACCACUUCAGAGAAGCUUCUUGGUAUAAUAAUGUUGUUUUAGGAGCUUCUCGUCGGAAGUGCAUUAAGUGUCAGUUUCGCAUCAAUUCUCCAAAUCGUGAGCUAGAGCUCUACGAAGUUAAAUGGCGCAAUAUGGUGGUUCUAGCCGUAGUGCUUUGCUGCAAAGGAGAAGAUAUUUUCUCACUUUUAGGUUCUAAACUUUUAGAGGGUCUACCAAAAACUAACUACCAAUAUGACAAAGGCACCAACGUUUUGGUAUGUUUGACAAACACGACAAGGCGGUAUUUCCCCGUGCGAAUAUUUGACCCGGAAAAGCCAGAAAAAGGAAGUUAUGCAUGGAUAGCUGAGGACAGUUUAAGGCAGCUGGAAUCUCUCGACUCUCUACAAACUCCUUAUAAAGCAUCGGUGCUCAACUUUCUUCAGUUGCUGGGAUCCAAGGCAUACGAUCGACUCCCUCAUUCAACCAUGCGCCUCGUUGAUCUAGCGAGAGGCCAGAACGGCUGCAUGAGCGAGACUCACAAUUCUGCUGGUCGCCCAAUGUCUUCACAGGAGGAGCAGAGCACACCAUCUGAAGACUCUCUCCGAAUAGUGCAUAGAGCUUAUACCAUUGCUGGCAUACAAGUUACAAACUAG